CUUCACCUCCCCUGAUAGUCCGGCCUUGGCCUGAAUUUAAAUGGAUUGACUGGGUUUGAAUGAGUCUGGAUGAUGAGACGGAAAAUUGCAUUCAUCCAUUCCCUUUUUCUGGGGAAGAUCUCCUCAAACGUCCAGGGAUCCGGAGAUAGACUGAAAUUCCAUCCAUCAUCGGACUAUCAUAUUUCAAAAAUCAGCUCAGACUUAUCAUCCGGCUUAUGCUUACUACCCUCUCUACCCCUCUUCUUCUUCUUCAUCUUAUUCUUCUUCUCCCCUGCAUCAUGACAUCCCCUUCCCAUCCCUUGAAACAAAGAGCAUUCCUCCUCGUUGUCAACCUUGCGUCCAAGCCAUGCACCUCCUUGAUUGACACUCCCCAUAUAAGUCUUCUUCCCCCGGUGCACUCCGUCUCUGGCUAGAACGUGUUGUCCCCCAUAUUUGCUGCUGCACAUGCAGUGAGGACCCACGCACGCACAUACGGCUACCCAUCAUGAAGAAGUCCCGAUCCACCAGAAAGCAAGCGCCGGUUCUGCGACGGCGCAGCACGCGCAAGAAGACCCCAUCACUUCCAUCACAACGACCCCGCGUGCUUUUCCUUGCCAACAGUGAACAUGGCCAGACCAACCUCGUUCUUGCGUUGUCCCAGGAGUUGCUGGUGCGCGGGGACACCGAGGUGCACAUCGCCUCCUUUCCGAUCCUGAAACCGCGCAUUGAGAAGCUGCUUACCGACAACAACCUGGACAGCGACGGCGUCCGAUCAAGGCUCCAUUUCCACCCGAUCCAAGGGCCUUCGCUGAGUCAAGCCUUCGCACGCACCGGAAAGCGGACGAUCUGCCAUCCUCCCGGCUAUGAAGGUGCAUUGAAAGGGUUUAAAUCUCUGUUCGAGGAGAUCUGGGCCUGGAACGAGGCGGAGUAUCUCCAGGUGUAUGACAGCUGUCUCGAGAUAGUGCACGCGGUAGAUCCCACCGUCGUCCUUGUCGACUGCUUCUUUCCCCAAGGACGCGAUGCCUCGUACAACGCGGGCCACCAGGCGAUUGUGCUCUAUACGACCUCGGUGGCGCACGUGGUGUACGGACUGCAGCCUUACGGUGCAUGGGCGUGGAAAUUUCCCCUGCCCGGGACGGACUUCCCCUACCCACUUCCGUGGAGCCUGGUUGCGUCCAACGUUAGGGCCGCCAUGGGGGUCGCCAAGAUGUACCGUCGCAGCAGACGGCAACGACAGAUCCGCGAGUGGAGGAAACGGCAUGGCAUCCAGGGCCGGUUCCCCUUUGCGGAUUCGUGGCGACCUGAUCGGUUCCAUCUGGCUCCGGGCUUGAAAGAGCUGGACUGGCCGUUGGAGAUUCCCGACAAUGUGCUUCCUUGCGGCCCCAUUUUGUUGCCCGUUGCCCCGGUCAAGACACAGGACCCGGAGUUGCAUCGGUGGCUGCAUCAAGCACCGACGAUCUUGAUCAACCUGGGGACCCUGUAUGCUCCGGACCCAGCAAUGGCCCGGAACAUCGCUUCGGGGGUGAGGAUGUUUCUGGAUUCGCGAACGGACAAAUUCCAGGUGCUGUGGAAGCUCCCAAAACAUGCCCAGGAUUGUGCGCAUGUAUUUGAGGAGGCAGAGGAGCUGCUCGCUGCUGAGAUCCGAGAGGACCGGGUGCGCAUCCAGCCGUGGUUCCGGGUGGAGCCGUUGGCGAUGCUGCAGACGGGGCAGGUCGUCUGCUCCGUACACCAUGGUGGCGCGAAUUCAUGGUACGAGGCGAUACAGUCUGGCAUCCCCCACGUCGUUCUUCCUGGUUGGCAAGACUGCUACGAGAAUGCUGUGCGGACAGAGUGGCUGAAAAUCGGAGUAUACGCGAACAAAACCGCUGCUCCGAGAGUCGACGGGGACGAGUUUGGCCGGGCCCUCAUCAAGGUGGUUGGCAAUGCCGCAAUGCAGGCCAAGGCCGAAGAGUUGUCUGCACUCUGCCGCAAGAGCGAAGGACGGGUGGUCGGCGCUGCGAAGAUUGCAGAGUUGGCGCACCAUCCGGAGAGAAUGGCGCUGCCAAUCCCCGAAGUGAACCAGCACCCCAAGGACACGCUGCGCACGGUCAAGAACAAGGUUGGAGGCGUUCUGGAGACUGUCAAUCGCCCUCAUCUGGACCACUACGCAACCUCAAAAGUCCAUACCCUGAUCAGCACAGUGUUCGUUACCCUUACCACCAACACCUCCCUCUUCCUUCCUAUCCUCGGCUACGCCCUUCUACUCCUCGUCCUCCUCCCAUCCCUGCCCAUCCCCUUCUUCAUCCGCAUCAUCUACCCACUCUACGUCCUGGUCAUCACCUACUUCCCUCCCACCUCGCUCCCCUCCUGGCCAUCCGCCUCAUCCACCCUCCGGAACUCCCCCCUCUGGUCUUUCUACACCAGCUACUUCCCCCUCCGCCUCUACCGCAGCACCCCCUUAUCCCCAUACCAGAAGUACAUCUUCGGCUACCACCCACACGGCAUCGCCAUCCGCGGCGCCAUCGGCGCCCUCGCCGCCAAGGGCGCCGGCUUCGACACUCUCUUCCCAGGCCUCAACCACACGCUGCUGGUAUCCGACAAGUGCCUCCGCGCCCCGCUGCUGCGCGAGUACGCCCUCGCCCUGGGGCUGGGCAGCGUCAGCCGCACCUCGUGCGCGAGGUUACUGUCGUCCGGCGGCCACGACGGCCACGGCCUCGGCCAGGCGGUCACCAUCUGCGUCGGCGGCGACCGCGAGGCGCGCAUCGCCCGCCCCGGCCGCAUGGACCUGGUCUUGGGGAUCCGGAGGGGGUUUAUCCGCGUUGCGAUCGAGAUGGGCGCGAACUUGGUGCCGGUGGUCGCGUUCGGCGAGAAUGAGGUGUUUGAUGUG